AUGCAACAAGCACCUCCAUCUUAUUCUCAAACUAGAUUCAACAAUUCUACAGAAUCUUUAGAUAGUCCUCCAACUUAUUCCUUAAAUCUAGAUGAUAUAACUUUGCCUUGGAAAAAAGAAUCAGAAGAUGUGGAAUCUCAAUCAAAUGUUUCAUCGGGUUGGUUAAAUAACAAUUGAAAUAUUUCCUAUUCUUCUUAUUUUUCAGAUCCAUUUCCAAAUUCUCCAAAAUCAAUGUGUUGGUCAUUUCUCAUUACAUUUAUUCUAAUUUUAUUUGUUCUUCCACUUUUAGGUCUACUUUUAUUUUUAUGUAAAAAUGUUUUGAAUUAUGAUCCAAAUCAAAUAGCAAUGUAG